AUGUCUCUCCCGGUACCGGAGGAACCUAUCGAGGUCAACGAGGAGUACAUUACUGAUGAACAUUCGUCUUCGGCCAUCCUAAGACAUGAGUCUGUGAUUCAUUGGUCUGCCACUGCCAAUCUUGAAGAUAUCGCGGCGUCCAAUGAGCUGCCUCAGCCGUCGACCUCAUACACGCUUUACCAGCCAUCGUCCAUAAACACUAAUAUGCUCGACGAUUUCGAUUCAUCAGAUGACGACCAAGAUAUCGACUUCCAUACUGCGCCCGCGGAAGACGUGCCUACAAGCUACCACCCCGCACACUUGUCCUGGGUCAUGAACACUGGGUUCUGCACUACUGCGUGGAUGAAACACCAUCAUCUCCCAUUACCGAGUUUGAUUGUCUGGAGUCCGAGGAGAUAG